UGUUCCUGCUUAAUAAAGUGCUUUAUCAGUGGUCGGAGCUCAUCUUUAAAUUAUUUUCUAUUCUAGUUAGAUAUAAAUGAAGGAGGGAGUUUGUCGAUGGUCGCCGCUGUCAGAUUUGAAUUGAAGGAGAGGAGCGCCGGAGCGGAGGGAGGAGGGGCGCUGCACGGAGCUGCUGACAGGUAGAUGAGCUGUUCGCUGUCCACGGUGCUGAAACCUCCUCCGGCUGCUGCCUCACCGGAGAUCCUCACCUCAGAUUAGACCGGAGCUCCGACUACCUGCACCGGCUGAAGAUCUUUUUUAUUUCCUUUUACUUUUUCCACCUCGAUUUCUCAAAGAACACACACACACACACACACAAAAUCAACUUUUCCUUUUCUGCUUUGCUGUUUUGUAUAAUCGCUGACUGGAUCUUAAGAUGGCACUGCAUGGAUUAACAUUGCGCAAGGCAAAAGCGGACUUAUUUGACUGCUGUUUUGUGACUGUGAAACCAGCCCUUUCAGACUGAACGUGUUUCCCUUCUUUCUCCAUUUCUGCCUGAGAUUUUAAGGACAUCGAGACGUUUUCUGCUUAAAAAAAAAAACCGCGGCGCGUUAUUUGGAUUAAUAUCAUCACAAUAUGCUCAUUAAUGCAGCACUUCCAUUUGUUAUAGUAUUAUAGAAUUUUUCAAGAUAAUUUGGACAUGGAGCCUGGACAGGAGAAAGCUCUCCCUACCUCUAAAGAGGGAAUUAAACAAAUCGCAGGAAAGGCCCUCGGGAAGCUGUACAGGAGGCUGGAAAAGCGGCAGCAGACAGGUGAGGUGAUCGAGCUGACGGAGGAUGGGAGACCCUCGGCGGACCAGGAGCGGAAGAAGCCCCUGUGUGACUGCACAUGCUUCGGGCUUCCGCGCAGAUACAUCAUCGCUAUGCUGAGCGGGCUCGGCUUCUGCAUCUCCUUCGGUAUCCGGUGUAACUUGGGUGUGGCCAUCGUCAGCAUGGUCAAUAACAGCACAAUCCAUCAAAACGGCAAGAUCAUCAUCAAAGAGAAAGCGAAAUUCAACUGGGACCCAGAGACUGUGGGGAUGAUUCAUGGCUCCUUCUUCUGGGGCUACAUAGUCACUCAGAUUCCAGGAGGAUAUAUCUCUUCCAGACUGGCGGCAAACAGAGUUUUUGGGGCUGCCAUCGUGCUGACAUCCACCCUGAACAUGUUCAUUCCAGCCGCUGCCCGGGCGCACUAUGGAUGUGUCAUCUUUGUGAGGAUAUUACAAGGGCUGGUGGAGGGAGUGACUUAUCCAGCCUGCCAUGGGAUCUGGAGUAAAUGGGCUCCACCGCUGGAAAGAAGUCGUCUGGCAACCAUCUCCUUCUGUGGAUCCUAUGCUGGUGCAGUGAUAGCCAUGCCUCUGGCCGGGAUCCUGGUCCAGUACACAGGAUGGUCCUCUGUCUUCUAUGUGUAUGGAUGCUUUGGGAUAUUUUGGUACAUGUUCUGGAUCUUGGUGUCCUACGAGAGCCCAGCAGAGCACCCAACCAUCACUGAAGAGGAGCGCCGUUACAUCGAGGAGAGCAUCGGUGAAAGUGCCCAGCUGAUGGGCGCAAUGGAAAAAUACAAGACCCCCUGGAGGAAAUUUUUCACUUCCAUGCCCGUCUAUGCAAUCAUCGUGGCCAACUUCUGCAGGAGUUGGACCUUUUAUCUGCUCCUCAUCAGCCAGCCUGCGUACUUUGAAGAGGUGUUUGGUUUUGAAAUCAGCAAGGUUGGAAUAGUGUCAGCGCUCCCUCACUUGGUCAUGACCAUCAUCGUGCCCUUAGGAGGCCAGUUAGCGGACUACCUGCGAACCCACAACAUCAUGUCCACCACUAUGGUCCGGAAAAUCAUGAACUGUGGAGGGUUCGGUAUGGAGGCCACUCUCUUAUUAGUGGUUGGUUAUUCUCACAGUAAAGGGGUGGCCAUCUCUUUCUUAGUUCUGGCGGUGGGUUUUAGCGGAUUUGCAAUAUCAGGUUUCAAUGUCAACCAUCUAGACAUCGCUCCUCGCUAUGCCAGCAUCCUCAUGGGCAUAUCCAACGGUGUGGGUACCCUGUCCGGGAUGGUCUGCCCUCUAAUAGUGGGUGCCAUGACAAAGAACAAGACCCGGGAAGAGUGGCAGUAUGUCUUCCUCAUUGCUUCCCUCGUGCACUACGGGGGUGUGGUGUUUUAUGGGCUCUUUGCAUCUGGGGAGAAACAGCCAUGGGCCGACCCUGAAGAAACCAGCGAGGAGAAGUGUGGCUUCAUUGAUGAGGAUGAGCUGGCCGAAGAGACAGGUGACAUAACGCAGAGCUACGGCGCGAUGGGCGGUCCGGCUAAAAGCUACGGGGCCACUGCACAGCUCAACGGCGGUUGGGUGCAGGACUGGGAUAAGACGGAGGAAUAUGUGCAAGAACCAGCGGGAAAGAUGUAUGCUGAGCGUGGCUACUCUUAAACCAGACAGUUGUGGUGAGUCUGCUUACAGAAACAGACUCUCCAUCACGAAUUGCACAAAUAAGCAUUAUCUUAGAUAUUUAAAUCCAUUCUGUGUAUUCAAGUAAAACGGUUACUAGUUUCAAAAAGCCAGUGUAAAGAAAUAGUUCAUUGCAAUGCAGAACAAUCCUCAUUAGAUUCUCACAUGUUUCUCAUCACAUCUACCUACAGUAGGGCUUCACUAUACAGAGAGCGGUUGCAAAGAAAACUGCAGGCCUAUGUUGUACUUCUUAGGUAUCCAAACCUCAUCAAUCUACUUGAACAACAUGAGCCAGAUGACAUCAUAUAGGGUCUUUCUCUGAAAUAACACUCUGAUUGCACUGAAACUAAAAGUAUUCUAAAACAAGAUUCUAUUCUGUUUCUCAAAUGUGUUUUAUGUACUGUAUAUACCUGUAUACUGUUUCUGUGAGACUAUUGUGGAUUUUGGGUCGUUGAUCUGUGUUAACAUUAAUAUAAAAGGCCAUAUUUUUCAUGGACAGUACCUUUUCAGGGAGAUGUCUGCUUGCAAAAAAGGUCUUCUUCUUCUCAAGCGAGGCCUACAAUACACUAUGACAAAAAAUAGCGUGAGUGAAGUUGAAGCGUAGAGUUUUAGUGUGUGUUUGUUUGCAUGAAUUUGCUCAGAUUAAUGUUUCAGAUGCAGUCGCCUCACAGUCAUUGAUAGUCCUCAUUCAGCCUGCUGCUUUGUUCUUAGAUAAGUGUCUUCUGCCAUAAUAAAUAAUAAAUUAACUUUCAUAAUCAGGUUCCAGUCGUGAUGUGAGACAAAUCAAAAAAGUUUUGAAGGCGAUUGCUCAGAAGACAUUGUUUAUUGAUGUUUGGUGUGCCCUGCAAUAAAUUCUGUGUACCAGCCGCCACCCAUCACAUUCUUUUCUGUAAUGUAACACUGGCUUGCUGUAUCUAAUUGUAAUUGUUUUGAAGUCAUGUGAUGAUCAACAUUAAGGUGUGUGUUUUAACAAAUUACUAUGUGUCUGGAGAAUCCAGCUUUAGUGCUCAUGAUGCAGCGAGGAAUGCAGAACUGUAAAUGAACAACCAGAUUUUUGUGAUCUCUUAGUGUUUCUUGGUUGUUCUCAUUGUCACCAGAAGUACUUUAUUGACACUUUGAUAUUGUCACGUUUGAGUGGACCACAUAAAUUAAUAGAUGGCUCUUCCACAUGACUUUAUUUGCUAUUUGAACACUUUCUUCUGUUGCUGUAUGAAAUCUGCAAGGAUGUUUAAAAUAUAUGAAUAUAUAAGAAUGUUUAAGAUGACCAAAAGAUGCUAUUACGGCUUUGUGCCUGAAGUUUAUGUAAAACAGAUAAAUGUGAUUUUAUGGCUUCUAAUAUUGUGUUUAAUGAAGAGGUAUGUUGAUGUCAAAAAGUGUUAUAAAAAUACUCAUAUCAUUUUAUAAAAAAAAUCAACCAAAA